AUUGUCCUUCAUGCAACACAACUUACUAUAGAUUUGCGCUUCCGGUUAGUUCGGGAAGAUAGCGGGCGAGCGGUCGAAAAUAUUACUUAUGUUUUUUAAAUGUAAAAUCGUAGCGUAAUCGUUCAGCAACGCGCUAUUCUGGAGUUUCUAAGGUCCAUAUUUAGGAGACAAAAAUGAUCCGCUUCAUUCUCAUUCAGAACCGAGCUGGGAAGACAAGACUGGCCAAAUGGUACAUGCAGUUUGAUGAUGAUGAGAAACAGAAGUUGAUCGAGGAAGUACAUGCAGUGGUAACUGUCAGGGAUGCCAAACACACCAACUUUGUGGAGUUCAGAAACUUCAAGAUCAUUUACAGACGUUAUGCUGGUCUGUACUUCUGUAUUUGUGUGGACGUGACAGACAACAACUUGGCAUACCUCGAGGGAAUCCACAAUUUUGUAGAGGUGCUGAAUGAGUAUUUCCACAAUGUGUGCGAAUUGGACCUUGUGUUCAACUUCUACAAGGUGUACACGGUGGUGGAUGAGAUGUUCCUCGCAGGAGAAAUCAGGGAGACCAGUCAGACCAAGGUGCUCAAGCAGCUCCUCAUGCUUCAGUCGCUUGAGUAGAAACCAACAACCGUCCCUCCUGCCUGACCACUUAUCUACUGCCCUGUCACCUCAGUUCCUUGUUCUUCUUACUCUGGAAAAGCCCCCUGCCCCAGUCAAUGUCCUGUCUCUGCAGAGUCAACAUUUACAUACCUUCGGGAUGGUGGGUAUUUAGAAACAGAAAUACACAAUAUUGUUUACAUAUGCAUAUAUGAAAUAGAAUUAACCUAUUUGACAUAGCAGUCUGUUUCAAUAUUAUGUACCUGUUGUACUCCUAAUGAAGGAACACCGUAUAAAGGCUGCACAUUUCAACAUGUUGACAUUUCAUGUACUUUAUAUGGCGUCUUUCCCCAAAACCAGAAGCUGCAGAAAUUAGUUGUUUUUUUUUGUUUGUUUUUUUGUAGUAACCAGCGAGUGUUUGCAUUUAUCUCUGUGCAGCAUGGAAACACUGAUGUAGACCCACCAAUGUGAGCACUCUCUCCCCCCCCUCCUCAUUAACCUUGACAUUCAUUUGAUGGCACUACUUUAACUAACAAGCACCAUGUAUAAAGAGAGACCAUCUUGCAAGCGUUGUAUUAAAAUCAUCAGGAGCAAAGUAACUACAACUGGAAAGCCCUUCCAGAGCUAUUGACCCAGCACUACAAGUUCAUAAUUGAAUGUAGUGUACUUGGGAUGAGUGCCAUUUUGACAGUGUGUAAUGGCAACCUGUGCUGUGUCAGACAUCGUCAUGGCUGUUGAUGAUAAACAGUGCAGGUUAUGUUGGCUGCUGUGAUCAUUGCAGUCAUUGUCAUUGGGUUUUCAGAAGCUCUAGAUCAUUUUAUACAGCUCAUUUAAAAUAAAUGUUGCUUGUUGGUCACACUUAAAACACAGACACACUCAGAUGGAAAAAGACCUGGAAAUACAAAGUAUAUUUUGCCUAAAGCAGUACUGUGAUGUUUGCCGUGUCCAUUGUUUUUGUUGACUAUUGUAAGACUCACAGUCAUUCCAGAAAAAGUGGUUCUUGUUCACUGUACAGUGUGAGAAGUAUUUACUUGUUUAAGAUCCAUAAAUUCAUUUAGCACUGCAUAAAAUAAAUUGGCUUUUAAAUGCUUACAAGCCUCAUGAACUUUAACAACUUAAAAAAAAACACAUUUAUGGAUUUCCAUUUCCUGGGCUUAAGUGUUUGAAGUUAUCACUUAAAUUUAAUCAACUCCAGCCACAGAGGUGGUCUCAAAUGUUACUGUUAAUGAACUUUUGUAUAUUUAAUGAUUAGGCAAUAGUGAAAUAUGUACUCUUUUCCUUCUCAUCCACCUGCGUGUCUGCUGAUGGAAGAUGUUUGUGUAUAUCAAACUACCCACUACGUCCCAUUAUAUGUAAGUAAUAAAUAAAUGAAGUGAUACAUGAA